ACAUCCUUGCAUUAGUCUCCAUUCACUUGCUUCUAUUUACCAGCAUGACAAUAUCCAUUAUAAUCUGAUAUAAAUAUACUUUUAUUAAGACACACCAGAGACUUUGUUCAAUCUCCAUUUCGAUCUGAGGUACCGGUAACAAGCACGGUGCUUCUUCCCUUAUUCAAACUCGGCUUUGAUCCUCAGACACCUGAGUUGAAGAAGAAAAAAGCACACAUUUCUACCAAAUUUCUGGGAUUUUUGGAUCUCUUUGAAUAAGGGAGAAACAAUGGCAUUUACAGGAACUUUGGAUAAAUGCAAGGCUUGUGAUAAGACUGUUUAUGUGGUUGAUAUGUUGUCCCUUGAAGGAGUACCUUAUCAUAAAUCCUGCUUCAAAUGCAGCCACUGCAAAGGGUUUCUCUCGAUGAGCACCUAUUCCUCCAUGGAUGGAAUCCUCUAUUGCAAACCUCAUUUUGAGCAGCUUUUCAAGGAAUCUGGGAAUUUCAGCAAGAAUUUUGCAAAGUCCGCUGAGAAGCAGAGUGAAGUACUGAAUAGGGCACCCAGCAAACUCUCUUCCAUGUUCUCUGGAACCCAAGACAAGUGUGCAACUUGCUCAAAGACAGUCUAUCCACUGGAGAAGGUGACAUUGGAGGGAGAAAGUUACCACAAGACAUGCUUCAGGUGUGCUCAUGGGGGCUGUCCCCUUACACAUUCAUCAUAUGCUGCUCUUGAUGGAAUCCUUUACUGCAAGCACCAUUUCGCUCAGCUCUUCAUGGAGAAAGGAAAUUACAGCCAUGUGCUCCAGGCUGCUAAGAAAAAUGUCACACAACCUAAAGAACCAUCUGCUGAAGAGCCCGAAGCCCCUCCAGCCGCAGAACCAGAGCCAGAACCAGAACAACCUAAAGACCAGAAUGACCAGUCAGAAGAGUAAUCUUAAAUUAAAUUAAUGCAUCUUUUUUCCAAGGCCUCUGUCAGAGUUACUUGCAUUUUGUUUUCUUGGGUGCAAAUUAAUCAACCAUCCCAUCCUGUUCAAAUAUAUGUAUAACUCAACUUGUUCACAAAUUACUUUGAGAUUGUAAGCUGAUUUUGAGGUUGGUUGUGUUCAAACAGAUCUAUGGUUUCAUUAUUA